AUGGCAGACUACGAGACAUACCACCUGGGCGACUUUGCGCUGCAAAGCGGAGCCACCAUCCCCAAGGCAUGGAUAGCAUACAAGACAUUCGGCUCACCCAGCAACGCUGCCGUGCUCUAUCCGUCGUGGUACUCCGGCCUCAUUUCUGACAACGAGUGGCUGAUCGGCUCCGACAAGACGUUGAACCCGGAGAGAUACUUCAUCAUCAUCCCCGCGCUUUUUGGCAACGGCCAGUCCAUCAGCCCUUCCAACUCGGACGUCGUGCCGUUUCCCGACGUCACCUUCUACGACAACGUCAAGGCCCAAUACCGCCUCCUUACGGAGAAGCUUGGGAUCAAGCAUUUGAGGGCUGUGCUGGGUUGGAGCAUGGGCGCCGCUCAGUCGUUUCAGUGGGUCACCCAGUAUCCGGACUUCGUCGACAUUUGUGUGCCCUUCUGCGGGAGUGCAAAGACGUCCAUCCACAACCAGGUAUUUUUGGAAGGUGUCAAGUCCGCGCUCUUGGCGGGCAAGCGACUCAGUUCGGCGGGAAGUACCUUCGGCAGGGUUGAGAAUGCCCAGGAUUCCGUCGCGGUGAAGUCCAACCGUCAGUGGUCCGAGCAGGAGAAGGCGGCUGGUCUGAAGGCCUUUGGGAGAGGGUACGCCGGCUGGGGCUUCUCGCAGGCCUUUUACCGCGAAAAGCUCCAUGAGUCCGCCUACGGUGCAAAAGACCUGGAGGAUUUCAUGGUCAAUUUCUGGGAAGCAUGGUCCUGUUCAAAGGAUCCGGAGAAUUUGUUGGUCAUGUUGCACACAUGGCAGGCUGGAGACGUCAGCAAGCAGGAACCAUAUAACGGAAACUUCGAGGCGGCGAUGGGUGCCAUCAAGGCCAAAACGCUGGUUUUGCCCAGCAAGACGGACCUGUAUUUCCCGCCCGAUGACUCCGAGUAUGAAGUCAAAAACAUGUCGCCGGGCAUUGGCCAACUGGAUGUCUAUCCAAGCAUCUGGGGACAUUGGGCUGGGGGACCGCCAGGGAAUAUGGACGAUGUCAAGUGGCUUGAUGAGCGCCUUACCAAGAUCUUCGCCGAGGCACCGAAAAGAGGAUGA